UGAAAGAAAUGUGAAAUGGCAACAAGAGUUGUUGGUGCCACUAUUCGGGCAGUCUCGAAGAAAAGGACGAUGAUCCCGACAAAAGCACCACUUAUUUUGACUAAUUCUGCUGUUAAAAAAGUGAAAGAAUUGAUGUUAGAGAAACCAAACAUGGUUGGUUUAAAGAUUGGUGUGAAGACUCGAGGAUGUAAUGGUUUGACAUACACUUUAGAUUACUGCAAUGAUAAAGGAAAGUUUGAUGAAAUAGUGGAGCAAGAUGGUGUAAAAGUAGUGAUAGAUGCAAAAGCACAAUUGACUUUAUUAGGAACAGAAAUGGAUUAUGUGGAAGAUAAACUUUCAGCAGAAUUUGUGUUUAAUAAUCCUAAUAUAAAAGGAACUUGUGGCUGUGGUGAAAGUUUUAGUGUAUGAUAAAAGUUAAAAAUAGUUAUAAAUUUAACUUCAAAAGUAUUUCUGAAGAAGGGGUUACUGUUAUAGUUUGAAUGAAGUUAAUAUGAAAUGUGACUGAUAAGUGUGUGAAUAAGAGUGCAAAUGAUGGACCUGUUGUUUAUUUAUAAGUUAUUUUAUAUUUGUCAAGUUGUGCUUCAUGAGAAUAUUUGCCACCACAGAAUUUUUCUAUAUAGUAAGAGUCUCACAGCAUGUACAUUUCAUAAAAUGUUGAUAGUAGAAGUUAAGCAGGUCAAUAAUUAUAUCUCAUUUCUAUAUUGGUAUGUCAUAUAAAUAAGGGUUGCAACAUUACAAUGGAACCAGUACUUCAAUGUAUUGAUUGUUAUUAAAAAAAACAAUAUAGA